UCUCACGCUUUCAUGGCGUCUAGGAGCCUCUUCGCCGUCCUCUUGCUGCUUUUGCUCUCUCUGACCUCCGUCUGGCCUUCCGCGUUGAGCGAGCGUGACCCUCUGAAAGAAUGCAAACAGCGAUGCCACAGGGAGAUCUCAGACGAGCGGGAGCGCCGGAUGUGCGAGCGCCGAUGUGAGGAAGCUGCCGAACGGAGAGGGGACGAAUCGGCCUCCAUCUUCUUCCCGGAGCGCGACAUGCGCAAGGAGUGCGAGAGGCAGUGCCGCCGGGAAGGCCGAGGCCGAAGCGAGGGGUGGCAGGAGGAGUGUUGCCGCCGCUGCGUGGAAGAAUCAGAGGAACGGCAGCGUGGAAGGGACGACUUCAUAGAGAAGAGGGAGGGAAGAGUCGAACAGGGGAAAGAGAACCCUUACGUGUGGAAGCAGGGGGAGUUCCAGACCAAGUGUAGGUCGGAGGAGGGAUUCUCGAAGCUACUUCCGAACUUUGCAGAGAAGUCUGAUCUUCUCAAGGGGUUGCAGAAUUACAGGGUGGAGUGGAUUGAAACGAGACCAAACACCAUGGUGGUUCCACACCAUAAGGAUGCCGAUUCCCUCAUUUAUGUUUGCAAUGGGAAGGGCACGAUAGGGAUAUUGAUGGAAGACAAGCAGGAGACCUUCGAUGUGAGCAAAGGAGACAUCAUGGUCAUCCCGGCGGGGACGACGGGCUUUGUUGCAAACACGGACGAGAGUGAGAAUCUGUGCAUCUUCAAGAUAUUGGAUUCUAGGUCCACUAGUCCGGGCAGAGUCGAGUCCUUCUUUGGUAUUGGAGGAGAAGAUCAGGAGUCAUUCUUCCAGAGUUUUAGUUCAGAGAUUCUGGAAGCUGCUUUCAACACGCAUAAAGAUCAGUUAAGGAGGUUAUUUGGUGCACGCAAGCGCGUAAUUGUGAAGGCAUCGCCGGAGCAAAUCCGCGAGAUCUCACGCAGUGGGUCGAAGGGCGGCUCGCACAUUUGGCCCUUCACUGGGGACAGCCAUGGCCCCUACAAUCUGCUCGACAGGAAGCCAUGGUUCUCUAACAGGCACGGACAGAUAUAUAGAGCUGAUGAGAAUGACCACUCUCCACUUCGACACUUCGAUGUAACGGUCUCCUUUGCCAAUCUCUCUGCAGGAUCGAUGCUGUCUCCCGCCAUGAACUCGAGAGCGAUCAAGCUCGCCAUCGUCACAAAUGGAUCAGGGUACAUCGAGAUGGCGUGCCCCCACCUGUCGUCGCAGCAGAAAGGUGAGCAGGAGACGCAGGGGACGAGGUACCGUAAGGUGAGCGCCGAGCUGAGGCCGAUGACGGUCUUCAUCGAGCCGGCAGGUCAUCCUUCUGCAAUCGUGGCCAAAGAAGACCUCCAGAUCAUCUGCUUCGACAUCAACGCCCGUGGCAACCACAAGUAUAUGCUUGCAGGCAAGAACAAUAUAUACAGCAAUUUGAGAGGCGCAGCAGGAGAAUUGGCGUUCGGUGUCUCAUCCAAAGAGUGUGAGCGAGUUCUAGGUGCUCAAGAGGAAGAAGUUAUCGUGAAAGGGCCAAAGGGAGGAGGCAGCAGUAGAGAGAUGUGAUCAGCAGGCCAAAGCUAAAGGAGAGUUUCUCUCUUAGUGAGAGAGGUUUUAGUUG